GCCUUGAGAUUUAUUUUAAACUCCUGAUUCAUUGGGAGCAGCUGACAGACCUGAGCAGGCCUAGAUGUGAUCCUCAGUGUCUCACAGGAGCUUUGGAGACCUUUUGGUCAGCAGCGCUCUCCUGACAAGGAACAUAAGGAGUGCGCUGGCGUAGGUCUGGUGUUGGGUACAGAAUCCACCUAGAAAUCCUCCUUUUUUUUCCCUGGUGGUGUCAGACAGGUGGUGAUUCAGCUUCCAAAACAAGCUGCUGCUGGUUUGCAAUGCAAGUAGAGUGAAUGUGGAACUGCUUCCAGCAGAAGGAAACAUUUCUGGGAAGCAAGCUGGAGUAUUUCCAAACCAAUGUCCCAUGGAAGACAAGAAGCAUUAUUAAAAGAGGCUGAAGGCACAGUAGGGGAGAAGUGUCUUAUCUUGACAAGUGCAGCCUGUGGGUGUAGAGCAUGGGAGAGAGGUUAAAUCACCCUUUCAGAUCCUAUGUGGUGUAAUUCAUCCUUUUGAGCUAUUUAUGUCCAAUUAUCUAUUGGCUGCCAUCGGGAUAAAUACGGUUUUGGUUUCUCUCUUGCAGACCCAAGGCUGUAAUGAUAACCAAAAAGCUGAAUUUCUGUCUGGGUUUGUGGCUGAGUCAUUGUGGGAUUUCUUACAGCACAUGCAUUUGUUCUAUUAGGCCUGGCUUUUCUGAAUCAGAAUUUAUGAGAUCUCAAGCUUCAAGCCUCUAGUGUGUUGUCCCAACUUCAUAAAUGCUGAAGAAGUGGGAGUUAAGAACCCUGCUAUUAAACCCAAAAUAAACCACUUUUCUUUCUACAUACGUUGAGCAAACUUCUGGCUUUCCUCGAUUACCUAAUGGGAGGGAGAGCUGCUGCUUUUGGCGCUGAGGUGAAAGUAAAAUCUGCCCUGUUUUCAGAGUAUUUAUUUGGAAAAACUUGCACAGCUGAGUUUAUGGAAGUUUCAUAUUUUCAGACCAAACUCAUCACCUUUCAGGAGCUCUUGAGUGCCCUUGUUUUCCUGUUAGAUGGUCUCUAAAUAGAGCAUUCAUCUUCUCCCAGGAAAUACUUGCUGGCUUGGGUUUUAAUUAAAACCUGGAUUUCAGUCACGACAAAUUACAGGAUGCCAGGAAACACUUUAAAAUUUUCUCUGAGCGUUGUGUCGUGCUUAACAAAGAUUUUUGCCUUUUCCUAAAUAAACAGGGAUGUGUUCAGUAAGGAUCAUUCUUUUUUGCUUGUAUACCUACAAAGGGCUUUUGUAUAAAUAAGUAGAGGCGUUCAUCAUCUAUUAAAUUCCUAUUAUUUUUUUUCCAGGUAAUGCAUUAAUACAUUAAUACAGCAGAAACAUUUUUCAGGAAGAGCUUGUGUGUUGAGGUGGUGGGUGAUGGGUGGGAUGUAGCCAGGCAAACAGUGCUCAGGUGCUCUCAUAGUUUGUUGUGGUACAGAAGGUGAAGUAAGUGUUUUAGAGGAGAUGUUUGAAGAACAACAGCAACAAGUUCCCCACAUGCCAAACCCUUCCCAGUCUGGAGAGAAUUCCCAGGGAGUGUUAAUGUUACAAAUCUCCUUUACAGAAAAUUGGUGUUUAUGUGAUAGACUGAUAACAUCUGAACAGGAUUAGGAACUGGCCUCUGGGUGCUGAAGAGGUGGAAGGCACCGGGGGAGUGUGGAUAAAGUGCUAGAGCUGGUGCUGCUUACAGAAAUGCUGCACUUGGCACAUCUGGCCUGGGAUCUAAUGCCUUCUCUAUUGCUCUCCUUCCUUAACUCUCUGAAAAAAUGUAAACUAUUGUUUUUUUGUUUUUUUGUUUUUUUUUUUUUCAUCCAGUGCUUGGUUGUCCCAUAUCACAGCAUUUAAGCAAUCUGCUCUGCUUCCCUUCUCUUCUCAGAUGAAGCUCCAGAGAUGCUGUCUGACCUAGUUUUAACUUAACAUGCACUAAAAUGGUUGAAUUUUAUAUGCACUGGCAACUUUCAUUUUGCUUAAAUAAGGGGGAGGGAUUCUAUUCUUAAUUAAAUACACCACACUGGAGAUUUAUAGACACUUGGCACAACCUGGCAGGCAAACUGUAUAAUUCCUGAUUGAUCUAGUAGCAAGUAUUCUUUUUAUUUUAGUGCUUGCACAUUUAGUUCAUUAACAAACUAACAAAAGUUUAACAAACUAACAAAAGUUUAACAAACUAACUGACACAUAAUGGAGAACUCCCUGAAAAUGGAGGCUUUGGAGUGGCAUACUGGAUUGAGUUAGACUGAAGUUACCCACAUUAAAAGUGGUUUUGCUAUAAUGGAAGGAUAAAUGUUUUAUCCAGUAAAAUUUUUGUUUUGCAGAUGGCUUGUUCAAUCAGUAUAUCAGUCAGCAAGAGUACAAACCUCGCUGGGGGCAGAUUAUCCCCAAAAGCACCAAAGGUGACGGGGAAGACAGUCGGCCAGGGAUGAGAGGUGGCCAUCAGAUGGUUAUAGAUGUGCAGACAGAAACUGUUUAUUUGUUUGGUGGCUGGGAUGGAACUCAGGAUCUGGCUGACUUCUGGGCAUACAGUGUGAAGGAAAACCAGUGGACCUGUAUAUCCAGGGAUACUGAGAAAGAGAGUGGUCCCAGUGCCAGGUCCUGUCACAAGAUGUGCAUUGACAUCCAGAGGCGGCAGAUCUACACCCUGGGGCGGUACCUGGAUUCCUCUGUGAGGAACAGCAAGUCCCUGAAAAGUGACUUCUACCGCUACGACAUCGACACCAACACCUGGAUGUUACUGAGCGAGGAUACUGCAGCAGAUGGAGGCCCCAAGCUGGUGUUUGAUCAUCAGAUGUGCAUGGAUUCUGAAAAACACAUGAUCUACACUUUUGGAGGCCGAAUUCUGACCUGCAAUGGCAGUGUGGAUGACAGCAGAGCCAGUGAGCCCCAGUUCAGUGGCUUGUUUGCUUUUGACUGCCGGUGCCAGACGUGGAAACUUCUGAGGGAGGAUUCCUGCAACGCCGGACCCGAGGAUAUCCAGUCCCGGAUAGGACACUGCAUGUUGUUCCAUUCUAAAAACCGCUGCUUGUACGUAUUUGGUGGCCAGAGAUCAAAGACUUACUUGAAUGACUUCUUCAGUUACGAUGUGGACAGUGACCACGUGGAUAUUAUCUCAGAUGGCACAAAGAAAGAUUCAGGGAUGGUUCCAAUGACAGGUUUCACUCAAAGGGCCACCAUUGAUCCUGAACUGAAUGAAAUCCACGUCUUGUCAGGGCUCAGUAAGGACAAGGAGAAGCGGGAAGAGAACGUAAGGAAUUCCUUCUGGAUUUAUGACAUUGUGAGGAACAGCUGGUCUUGUGUCUAUAAGAACGACCAGGCAGCCAAAGAGAAUCCAGGUAAAAGCCUUCAGGAGGAGGAGCCCUGCCCAAGGUUUGCCCAUCAGCUGGUGUAUGAUGAGUUGCACAAGGUUCAUUACUUAUUUGGAGGGAAUCCUGGUAAAUCCUGCUCUCCAAAGAUGAGAUUAGAUGAUUUCUGGUCUCUCAAGCUCUGUCGACCUUCAAAGGAAUACCUGCUAAGGCACUGCAAAUACCUCAUCAGAAAGCACAGGUUUGAAGAGAAAGCUCAGACUGACCCUCUUAGUGCACUGAAGUACCUGCAGAAUGAUUUAUAUGUAACUGUGGAUCACUCGGACCCUGAGGAGACAAAGGAGUUUCAGCUUCUUGCCUCAGCAUUAUUUAAGUCUGGCUCGGAUUUCACGACUCUUGGAUUUUCAGACGUUGACCACACGUAUGCCCAGAGAACUCAGCUGUUUGACACGCUAGUCAACUUCUUCCCAGACAACAUGACCCCUCCUAAAGGCAACCUGGUGGACCUCAUCACGCUGUAAUGGAGCAAUCACUGGACACAUGGAAGAGGGGAAAAGCAUCCAUUUUCAGUAUUUUAAUUUUUUUACUGCAUUGAUUGACUGCUGGGAUGAAGUUAAUAUAAUAACCCCUAGGUGUUUGAAAGGGGUUUUAUACUUGUAUGGUGAAUCCCUGGAGCUUUUCCCUUGGAGUAGGUUAAUAAAAUGUAACUGACGUA